CCAUAUUGAGAGGGUCGAUCGACCUUCAGUGUCCAUGGGGAAUGGAGGCCCCACAAUGCAUCCACCACAAUCUUCUGGUAACUCAAGCAAGUGCACAGACCAUUCAGGCUCUAAGAGUAAAAGUAGUGGGCCUGAAACACUGCAAGCUCAGUACUUCCGGCAAUUACAGCAAUCGAAUCGACCGCCAUCACAACCUGCAGCUCCUUCAGGUGAGGUCAUCGGCUCCCAAACAUCAGCUCAAGGGGGACCAACCCAAGUGUCCCAACCACGCACUGGCUUUACCAAGCAGCAGCUUCAUGUUCUGAAAGCACAAAUAUUAGCAUUUCGGCGGCUCAAGCGUGGUGAAGGUGCUCUUCCACAGGAAGUUCUUCAAGCUAUUGCACCACCACCUCUUGAUACGGAGCCACAACAGGGUUUCCUUUCACAGGGGACAUCUAGUCGGGAAAACUCAGAUGGGAAAAUUGCUGAAGAGCAUGCAAAACAUUUAAAGACCAGCAAUACCACUCCCCAGGUUGUUCCACCUAGCAAAGGACAUGUGCCAAAGGAGGAGUCUGCCAGUGGAGAAGAAAAAACAGCUGUAGUUACCCCUUUACAAGGACCAGCAAGUACAACAAAGGAAUCUCAACCUGUAUCAUCUAGUCGGAAGGCAGAACAAAGCACUGUUGUAACUGUUAAAGCUGAGCCGGAGGUUGAACGAGAUGGUCAAUUAAAAGCUGUUAAGUGUGAUUAUAAUGCCAAUAAGGGAAAAGCAGUUCCAACUCCCAAUGCCACACUCGAUUCUUCACAAUUAACUAAAUCAGCUUCUAACAGCAGUGCACCACCUUCAAAAGAUGUUCCCACCAGAAGAUAUCAUGGUCCGCUAUUUGAUUUUCCAUUCUUUACCAGGAAACAUGACUCCCUUGGAUUAUCCACUACAAAUUCCUCAAGUGGUCUAACGUUAGCUUAUGAUUUAAAAGAUUUACUUUAUGAGGAAGGUGUGGAAGUGCUUAACAGAAAAAGAACUGAGACUUUGAAGAAGAUUGGUGGAUUACUUGCCAUUAACUUCGAGAAUAAACAAAUCAAACCUGACAUAGUUCUUAGGCUGCAAAUUGAAGAGAAAAAAAUUCGUCUUUUGGAUCUUCAGGCUCGCCUGAGGGAUGAGGUUGACCAGCAUCAGCAAGAGAUAAUGGCAAUGCCUGACAGGCCAUACCGUAAAUUUGUUAGGCAGUGUGAACGUCAGCGCAUUGAACUCUCGAGGCAAGUCCAGCACUUACAAAAAGCCGCAAGGGAAAAACAAUUAAAGGCUAUUUUCCAGUGGCGCAAGAAGCUCCUAGAAGCUCACUGGGCCAUUCGUGAUGCAAGAACAACACGCAAUAGAGGAGUGGCUAAAUAUCAUGAGAGGAUGUUGAGAGAGUUCUCUAAGAGGAAAGAUGAUGAUCGAAACAAGAGAAUGGAGGCGUUGAAGAAUAAUGAUGUUGAUCGAUAUCGUGAAAUGCUGCUGGAGCAACAGACCAGUGUACCUGGUGAUGCAUCUCAGCGCUAUGUUGUCCUUUCAUCUUUUCUCUCCCAGACAGAAGAGUAUCUCCACAAACUUGGAGGGAAAAUAACAGCAGCAAAGAACCAUCAAGAGGUGGAAGAAGCUGCAAAAGCUGCAGCAGCUGCUGCACGGUUGCAGGGCCUUUCAGAAGAAGAAGUGAAGGCUGCUGCAAUAUGUGCAGGAGAGGAAGUAAUCAUCAGAAAUAGGUUCUCAGAGAUGAAUGCACCAAGGGAUAGCACUUCUGAUAAUAAGUAUUAUAAUUUGGCACAUGCCGUGAAUGAACGAGUUUUGCGACAGCCCUCAAUGUUACGGGCAGGAACCUUGAGGGAGUACCAACUUGUUGGGCUGCAAUGGAUGCUUUCCUUGUAUAACAACAAAUUGAACGGGAUUUUGGCAGAUGAGAUGGGCUUAGGCAAGACCGUACAGGUAAUGGCAUUGAUUGCUUAUCUGAUGGAGUUCAAAGGAAACUACGGGCCCCAUCUCAUCAUAGUUCCAAAUGCUGUUUUAGUAAAUUGGAAGAGCGAGCUGCAUAACUGGUUGCCAUCUGUACAAUGUAUUUUUUAUGUUGGUGCAAAGGAACAAAGGGCAAGGCUAUUCUCUCAUGAGGUUUGCGCCAUGAAGUUUAACGUACUUGUUACUACUUAUGAGUUUAUCAUGUUUGACCGCUCAAAGCUGUGUAAAAUUGAUUGGAAGUAUAUCAUUAUCGAUGAAGCUCAACGCAUGAAAGAUAGAGAAUCAGUUUUAGCUCGUGAUCUCGACAGGUACCGUUGCCAAAGACGAUUACUUCUCACUGGGACUCCUUUACAGAAUGAUUUGAAAGAGCUAUGGUCUCUCUUAAAUCUACUCCUUCCAGAAGUAUUUGAUAAUAAAAAGGCAUUUAAUGAUUGGUUCUCUAAGCCCUUUCAAAAGGAUGCCCCUUCGCAUAGCGAAGAGGAGGACGACUGGCUUGAAACUGAAAAAAAGGUGAUUAUCAUCCACAGACUUCAUCAAAUUCUGGAGCCUUUCAUGCUAAGACGUCGCGUUGAAGACGUUGAAGGGUCACUCCCUCCAAAGGUCUCAAUUGUUCUAAGAUGUAGAAUGUCAGCUAUUCAGGGUGCCAUUUAUGACUGGAUCAAAUCUACUGGUACCAUUAGAGUAGAUCCUGAAGAUGAGUUGCGCAGGGCACAGAAAAAUCCAAUGUACCAGGUCAAGACAUAUAAAAAUCUGAAUAAUAAAUGUAUGGAGUUGCGCAAGGCCUGUAAUCAUCCUUUGCUUAAUUAUCCUUAUUUCAAUGAUUAUUCAAAAGAGUUUCUUGUUAGAUCUUGUGGGAAGCUCUGGAUUCUUGAUAGGAUUCUCAUAAAACUUCAAAGAGCAGGGCAUCGUGUUCUCCUUUUUAGUACCAUGACAAAGCUUCUUGAUAUAUUAGAGGAAUAUUUGCAAUGGCGUAGGCUGAUAUAUAGACGAAUUGAUGGAACAACUAGCCUAGAAGAUCGUGAAUCUGCAAUUGUUGAUUUCAACAGCCCUGAUUCAGACUGUUUUAUCUUCUUGCUUAGUAUUCGAGCAGCUGGAAGAGGUCUGAAUCUCCAGACCGCAGAUACAGUUGUCAUAUAUGAUCCUGAUCCAAACCCACAAAACGAAGAGCAAGCAGUAGCUAGGGCUCAUCGCAUUGGACAGAAAAGAGAGGUGAAGGUCAUAUAUAUGGAAGCAGUCGUUGACAAAUUAUCUAGUUAUCAGAAAGAAGAUGGGUUAAGGACUGGAGGUAUAGAGGAUUUGGAGGAUGACUUUGCUGGUAAAGAUCGGUAUAUAGGAUCCAUUGAGAGCCUCAUUCGUAACAAUAUUCAACAAUAUAAGAUAGAUAUGGCUGAUGAAGUUAUAAAUGCUGGCCGUUUUGACCAAAGAACAACUCAUGAAGAAAGGAGGAUGACUUUGGAAACACUCUUACACGAUGAAGAGAGAUACCAGGAAACUGUACAUGAUGUACCUUCGUUACAGCAGGUAAAUCGUAUGAUUGCUCGUAAUGAAGAAGAGAUUGAGCUUUUCGAUCAAAUGGAUGAGGAUUUUGAUUGGACUGAGGAGAUGAUAAAACACAAUCAAGUUCCAAAGUGGCUCCGUGCUGGAUCUAAAGAACUGGAUUCUGUCAUUGCUAAAUUAUCUAAAAAGCCAUCAAAAAAUAUACUUGCUAGUAGUGCGGAUUUGGAAAUGAAUGAGCCUAACAAGACUGAAAGAAGGGGGCGAAAGAGUGCACAAAAGAAUUCUAUCUAUAGAGAAUUGGAUGAUGACGAUCUUGAAGAAUCAGAUGCCAGCUCUGAGGGGAGAAAUGUAUCUUCUUUGCAGGAGGAAGAUGGAGAGAUGGGUGAAUCAGAAGAUGAAGACAAUGAUGCUGUCGACAUGCAACCUACUAACAAAGAUCAAGUGCAAGAAGGUCUUGCUUAUGAUGGUGAUGCCUAUGAGUUAUCUCCUGCAAUGGAAGGCAACAUAAACACUCGUAGAUUUGAGGAAGCUGCUUCUUCAGGGUCUUCUUCUGGAACUAGAAGAUUGAAUCAGUCUGCAACCCCUUCUUCCCUGUCAUCGCAGAAGUUUGGAUCUCUUUCUGCAUUAGAUGCCAAGCCAAACCGUCGCUCAAAAAGAACGACGGAUGAACUAGAAGAAGGUGAAAUUGCUAUGUCUGGUGAUUCUUAUCUGGAUCAUCAACAAUCAGGAAGUUGGAAUCAUGAUCGUGAUGAUGCGGAGGAUGAACAAGUUCUUCAACCAAAAAUUAAGCGUAAAAGAAGCAUGAGAAUUCGCCCAAAACAUGUUGCAGAAAGGUUCGAAGACAAAUCCAGCAAUGAGAGAUCAUUGCAGUGUAGGUCCCAAAUUCCCACUCAGGUAGACCAGGAUUAUGAUAUGCUAGAACUUGAUGUAUUUAGUGAGCCUGGUUCGGAAAGACGUAAUUUGCCUCCAAGAAUAAGUUCGCAAAUGAAUAUGCAAAAGUCCAGCAGGUUAGGUUACUUAUCUGGAGAAGAUGCCAUGGAUCAUUCUAGGGAAAGUUGGAAUAGUAAGGCCAUCAAUACUGGUGGAAGUAGUGCAACAGGCACAAAAAUGUCAGACAGUAUGCAUAGGAAGUGCAAGAAUGUUAUAAGCAAACUUCAGAGAAGAAUUAGCAAAGAUGGAUAUCAAAUUGUACCUGUCCUGUAUGACUUGUGGAAGAAAAAUGAGAGCUCUAGUUUGGCCAGCCCUUCUGUGACAAUGAUUAACCCAUUAGAUCUGCGGAGAAUAGAUCGGCGUGUGGAUAACUUAGAGUAUUCUGGUGUGACAGACUUCAUAGCUGACAUUCAGUUAAUGUUGAAAAAUGUGGCUCAGUACUGCAAGUACUCGUACGAGGUGAAAUACGAAGCAAGAAAGUUUCAUGAUCUCUUCUUUGAUAUUAUGAAGAUAGCAUUCCCAGAUACAGAUUUCAGAGAGGCAAGGAAUGCCCUCACUUUCCCCAGCCAUGGAGGAGGAGCUGCUGCUGCUCCUGCUCCACCCCAAAAGCCAAGCCCAGUCACUGCAAAGUCUAGUGCACGUGCAUCCGUGUCUCCCGAUGAAGAAGGGAGAAUGACCCGAGCUAAUGCCUCCAAACUCAACAGGGUAUCACGACCGGACACUGGGCCCUCUGUCCGAGACCAGGCCCAGCCCAUCCCAUCCCUGGCCCAUCCUGGCGAUCUGGUCAUCUGCAAGAAGAAGAGGCAAGACCGGAGGGUGGGACCCGUGUCACCAACUGGCCAGGGUCGGGCAGCAGCGGGGCCCUUGUCUCCGCCCAGUGCAGGCUGGUUGGGCCCACAUCCCCACGAGCCGAGCUGGUUCAUAGCUACAGGGAUAUCCAACCUCAGCAAGUCGACGAGGUGGGCCCAGCAGCCAAAGCAGCAGCACAGCAGUAGUGGGCCCUCUGCAGGCGUGGAGGAAGAGGCCCAAUGGGCCAAGCCUGUAAAGAGAAUGAGGACAGACGCUGGCAAAAGGAGGCCCAGUCAUCUAUGAUAUGCAGAAUUCAUAUGAUGUUUGCGAGUAUGUACAUAUAUUAAAAUGUGACAAAAGAGUAUAUAAUCAUAGCAUGAUUUUGCAAGGGGAUGCAAUUUAGUUGUCAGAGGUUGGUCGGAAUCAAAGCUCAUGUGUGCACGCACUCCCUAUUUUGCUCUGUUCUCUUACUGGAGUAUUGUUAGCUGCUGUAAUGAUGAUAUUAUAUAUGAAUCCAAUUAAAGAUGCAAAAAAGAGGAACUUUCGAGUUCAUUGCAUCAGUUCGCAAUAUGCUUAUGUUCAGUUUUCUAUGUCACAACUCAUGAUUGUAGCUGUAAGCUCAUGUUCAGUUUUCUCUGUUACAGCUCAUGAUUGAAGCUGUAUUAUACUGUAAACAUGUUUUUAAAUGUCCAAAAUCAGAGAUCAAUGAUGAAUCCAUGUGUUAUCAUCAUUGUUAGAA